AUGGACAACAGAGAAGCGCAGGUUGAUGUGGAGAGCCUUGCCAGGUGGAGGAGAAGCACGAGCAGCAGGAGCGGCAACGCAGCAGCAACAGCUAGUACUCUUAUUCUAAGUGGACAGUUGGUAUAUGGAAAUUGCGCUGAUUGGAUGAAUCUAAUUUUCGAUCGUGGACGAGUGGACAGCUCCCCCGCGAGCGAGUCGUCGGUUGCACACUCUCUGGAUGCGGUUACCGUUACUGAUCACUGUCCAGGACCAGGACGCUCUGUUCAACCAGAAAUUUUUGGACAAGCGGUUGUUUCAUGCACAUAUUUAGCGCGUUCUCGUAGAAGACCUUCACAACGGCUUUGUCGUUCAAUUGACAACAUAAAGACAACGACAGUUCAUGCUGCUGGGUCUUGGGUGAGGUUUCUCCCGAAGUUAGACUGA